GUUCUUGAUGUGGAAUUUAUGAAAAGUCUAAAAUACUGUAAUAUUUGCUUUUGAAUAUAUUUCACUUUAAGGCUACAAAUGGCUCUCCAUAAUGUUUAAGUGCAACUUAGAGAUAACUACGACUUUGGAUCUUUGUCAAACAUCCCCCUGGUGUACUUUUAAUAUCUAAAUUGUAAAUAUGAACACCCUAUGCUUGUUUAUUAAUGGGAUAUUCUAGCUAAAAGACCCCUUUUGUUUACUGUCACAGUCUGCGGACAAAAACAAAUGAAGAAAUUACCCAUUUGUUUUGUAUGAUCGUGAAGAGUUACAUUUACAUAUUUUGAUGGUGAAUAUACACCUUGGGUAAUUCACAUUUAUUGGUAUAUGUUGAUAAUGAUGAAUUUGAUUUAUGUACAGAGAAAGGUCAGAAAGGAAGUUGUGUAAAUUUGCUGAUUCAAAUGCUCAAUGUUUGUUUAGUGUACUCUAAUUUUAUUCACCAUGACAACAAAAACAAAAAAAACUUGUCAUCAGGAAUUUAUGUUUUUCUUGGUACUGAAUCUUGUCUUUCAAACAAAAUUUUUGUUUUCUCUUAUUUGCAUACAGGGUAAGCUUGAAUAUAGCAUUGGAAAACUUUGUCUAAUAUGUAACUUGUGAAUAUCAAAAAUUAUAUGGUGGUUUUUCAGUUAAAUAAAUAUUAUCAUUCAGAUCCUCUUUACUUAUAUGAAUUAGAACAUUUCUCUUUCAAAAAAAAUACUGGUACUCAAAAUUUCAUUUUGUAAUCUGCUCUUUGGUAAUAAUUUUAGUGCAAAACUUACAGUUAUUGGCACAAAGAAAAUAUGUGACUCCUUAUGUGAUUUGAAAUGGAACUUGCGUUGAUAAUUGAGGCACAUGCUGAAAAUUGAACCUUUAAAUUUCAAGUGAUGUUCUCUUCGGCUUUAUCACAGUAGUAAGGCUGGCAAUAUGCUUAAAUGAGAGGAUUGUUUGAUGAGAGUAGAAGAAGCCAGUGCACUUGCAAAAAAUCUAUUUAUUAACAUAUAUAUGCUCCAUCACUGCCUUUUUAAUAUAUAUAUAUGUACUUAUAUUGUCUUUCUUCAAAACAGUCAAGGAUAUCAACAUUUGUUGGAUACCCCUGAAUAUGAGGAAUAAACUCUGUUUGGGCUUUUUAAGUGUAUGAGCAUUGAAGAUCAGGUGACAUUAAAUGUACUUCUAUUCGUGCUUACCUUUUCAAUUUUUUGUUUUAUUGCUGCUAUUGCUGUUGAUGUAUUCAGGCUGUGAAUGGUUUAUGCUUUUCCCACAAGCUACGUUUACAUGAGAGAAUAUAUACUCUAUACAAAAGUUAUAUAAUCAGGCUGAUCUUUGUAGCAUACAAGUUCAUGUACAGAGUAAGAAUUAUAUAUCUUGUUAGAGAUGAGACAGUACUCUUUGUUAUUGCAUUGUUUUGUAUCGCUAAAUAACCUUGAAUUUGCUGAAUUUACAAAUAAUUCUUGCAAUUAUCUGUUUUUAAAGUCUGUCAAUAACUUUGACUCUUUAAGCCUGUAUGAACUAGUUUGGAGAGGAUGGAUUAGACCUCCCUGCAUGGUCACUGACAGGUGGUUAUCUUAUCAAAUCAGCUCUCACUUAACAAUAGAAAAAGGACAUCAUGGGGACCAACUUGUACCGAUUAGACAUUAUUUGCUAUAUAGAGGGCGCAAGUAGCUACAAGUAGUGCAGUCCCGCUUUAAAGGUUGUUCAUAGUCAUUUUAAUGCUCCUGUUUCUAUCUCUAUCCUCUCUCCAUUUAUACUUCCUUCUCUUGUCUUCCAAUUAUCUCUCUUUCAUUUUCUCUCAAUUUACUUUUCUUGUUAUGUAACUCUCUGUUUUACUUCUUUUGUAUCUCUUUAUCUUCCAUUCUUUAAUUUUGUCCGUGACUGCUGUUUUACUUAAUGUGCAAUACUUACAUUGUUAUUUGAUUUAAAAGAGUUAUAUACAUGUACAUGUAACUCAAAAUAUAAAUCCAUAACAUUUCCAUGAGCUUAUAUUAUGCAACAUACAUUUUAUGGUUGAGCAAUUAAACAAAAUGAAUUUAUCAAUGACUGUUUAGUUUUGAUUGAAAGUAUUGCAGAAUGCAAUGUUUAAAAUGUGGUUUUUACAUGGAUAUGCAAUUAUUUAUUAGCCACUAUUUGGAAAAAGAUUGUAUUUAAAGAAAGAUGAAUGCUACAUUUACUUUUCUUGUACUAUGGCAAUCGAAACCUUUGAGUAAUAUUUAACAGAAAGUUAUGUUAUGACAUUUGUCAACUGAUAUACACUGUAUUGAUAUAAAUAAUAUGACUGAUAUGUUUUAACUAUGUACUAAUUUGGUAGUGGUAAUAAAAAAAAAGGGAAAGAAAAUAUUAACUGUGUAUAUGCCACACAAAAUUGAUUACAUCACCGUGCUACACUGCAUUUAUUAUGGGAUAUAUAUACCAAAGACUGCAAGAUUAUUUAACUGUUUCCAGAGCAAGUUUAAUCUAUUCCAGUGUUAAAAAGGUUGUCACUCCGCUAAUCACGACCAGAAACGAUUAUUUCUGCAAAGCCAUUGUGCUGCAAAAGGCAAUCCUUACAUCAAUUCAGGGGCGGAUCUAUAAGGGGGGGGGGGGUAUCUAUUUAGAAAGCAUUGAUUAUUAUGUUUUGAUGGGUAUUAAUACUUGUGUAUGAGGAGUCUGGUAAACCAUUCGCUAUUAAUUGUUCAGAAUGUCAAGCUUUUUGGUGACAUUUGGUACCUUUUAAAAGGUGCUUAUCCUUUUAUGAAAAGGAACCAGGUUUAGGGGCUCUAAAGUGGGUUUCAGAAAGAGUGAUAAGAAAGAAAUGAAUGUAAAAAAUAAUGAUCAUGAGAUUAAAAGCGCUAUUAAAAGAUAAAUUUGGUAAGCAUUUGUGUUGUCUACACCUGUAAAAAGGCUGAAAGAGAAAAUAUAAAAGAGAAGAAAGAACAAAAUCUGUGAGAAUGACAGACGUGUUUGUGGUUGAAUAGAUCAGCCGCCGUGAAUGAAUUUAGUGAUGUAUGUCUGUAAUUCCGGAGUGAACUCUCUAUGCACUUUAACACCGGACCUUCUUCAAUUUCAGUAAAGCAACAAAGUAGCGCAGAAAGAGCCCAUUUUUCAUACAGAUGAGACCCCGGUCCACCCCAAUAAAGUUUAUAACGCCCCCCCCCCCUUUUUGUGGGCUGUUUUAAUUCUUUUUACACAAACUUGUGUCCCAUGUGGACAAAAAUCAUUGAUCUGCCACCUUAAUUAACAACACAUGGCAUUGGUCUGUGUAUGUGUGUACUUGGGGAGGGGGAGGGGGUGUUCAGGGGCACAACAGGCCCGAAUCCCUCUAAAUAGCAUAUCUUCUACAUGUGUAUCUUACUUAUUAUAUUCAUUUUAUUCGUUUAUUUUUACCUCGGAGAUUUCUUGAACACCACAACCCCACCCCACACCCGCUCCUUUACAAAACCCUUGAUCAACCAAUGACGAGUCAUUGUCAAGAGAGUUAGCCUACCGAAUCGGUAAAGAAUAAACAUUUCCUUCACCUGAUUAUACCAUGGACCUAGGUCCAUGAUCAUACCAACGCUUGCUAGUAUGCCUGUGUCUCUGUUCUCGUGGGCACUCCAUUAACGUGACAGUUAAAAUUGAGAUUUGAAGCAGAUCUUUUCUAUAAUCACCCGUGAGACGCUGUCCAUUUGACGUCAAGGAUGUCUGACCUUGAAGGUCCAGACCCGCAGUCAAUUCCACCCAAUGGCGGUCAACCCAGCCAGAGUUUGGAGGCCAAGUUCCCCAAUUUCAAAGGCAGUGGGAACACCGACUUACCAAAGUUGCCGAAGAUGCUCGGCGAACCAGCGGAGGCCAUCAAGGUUUUCGCUGAGUAUACGAGACUGAUGAGAUCAGCCGAGACUCAGAAGAUGUUCGACGAGAAGUUGGAUUUCAACGAUCCCAAUGUUCUGGUUGAAAUGCGGAAAGUAUGGCUUCAUUCGACCUUUCAAGCCCUGGAACUCUUCGGCCUAGAUCACCUCAAACCUAAGUUUGGACCGGGAAAGAUUCCUUAUCUUCUACCUCUUAUGUUCACUGCAUACGGUGAUUGUCCAGAGAUCUUAAGCCUGGCUUCGUUCAUUCAUAGCCCAGCCCUCAACAUCCCUCCACAGAGGUUCGUCGACGUGGGCGAUGUCGUGCCCGACCUCCAUCUCGUAUCUCUGUCAGGAAGAACCAUCAGCCUCGCCGAUCUCCAUAUCAACAAGGACCGUCCCCUGAUGAUCCUCGCAUCGUCAGGCUCCUGACCUCCGCUCAGGGCCUGUGUAAUAGGUGGAACGCUGGCGACCCUCGUGAGCGACUACCGAACCCAGGUCGAUUUCGUAGCCGUGUACCUGGCCGAGGCCCACGCUGAAGGAGCGUGGGAGAUGGGCCACAACAUCAGCUACAUCAAGGAUCACACAUCACUUCAGGAGAGGAUCGAAGCAGCUAAAGACUUACUCAAGGUCGACGCCACGUCACACAACUGCCUGACUGAUGAUGUCACAGACACUUCCAAGUUCCGGUUGGUGGUGGAUAAGAUGGACAGCCUCUUCACCAGAAUGUUCAGGGUACACCCCGAUCGGGUCAUAUUCAUCCGCGAUGGCAAGAUGGUGUACAUCGGGAACUCUAUCCUGGGACAGAUACAGAACCCCACCUACCUGAUGACGCACGAGGCACGUGAUUGGUUAGAGGCGAAUGUUGGAUCAGCUGCUGCUGCCAAUCAGUAGAUCACGUGAUGCCAAGUACCUUACAAAAAUGUGAACUAUCAAGGACUGUCGAUUUUAGUCCAUUUAUUUAUCCUGAAAUAUCGCUAUUUUGACGACUUUAGAUCAUCGUUUCAUGAAACCGUUCACUGACAUCCCAUUGAAAUGCGUGUUUUAAGUUAACACCCGUUUCAACGGAAUGUCAGUGAACGUGUACUUAUGACGGUUUAGGUUCCACGAAACGAUGUCCAGGUUAUCAGUCAGGAAGUUUUGUUAAGUUAAGUGCGGGCCUUAAAAUGUCUGAGUAGUUAGUGACUUUGCCCCGAAGUUCGCAUAGUUAUUUUGUGUAAGAUAGAUGGAUAGGAAAGGGUGGCAUUGUUGCAUAUGACCGAUGAUUGACGCGAACAAAACUGAUGAAGUUUUCAUUGGAAAUACUGACCUGUGAAGAUGGAUGAAAAAUAUUUGUCACGGUCUAUCCGAUUGUAUGCAACAGCGCAAUCUCGAGUUAAUCUAUCUCGUUGUUUUACUACCACUAAUCAAGGCGAUUUCAUGCAAUGUGUCUCGUAUUAAAUACGUCUUUUAUGCUGUUUAUCUUUUUUUCCUUCAAUCCAAAGAAAUGUUUACAAAAUAUCUUGGGACGACCGUUGAACAAGGGUAGUGAUACUAGAAAGCGGAACCAUCAGUCUGUUAAUUGUUUGUUUAACAUUACCCUUAUUCAUGGAAGAACAAAGGGAAAUAAAAAAUAAGACUAGAUUACUUGUUUUUAGGAACGAUGCACUCGACUAUAUAUCAAAAUGAAUCAUGGCAAAAAUUAUACAAAAUAUAUUUCAACAAAACAUAUGAAAUAUGCGUACAUUUUUUGUUAAAUAAUAAGGAAUUUAUGUGUUUCCUUAUUGGAUGAAAUAUAUGAUGAAUUAUGUCGUACGGGACACAAUGUACUGUAUUGCGGAACCGUCAUUUAAUUAUUGUUGUUUUUUUUCUGAAACGAACGUUAUAUACAUGUACAUGCAUUUUCUUAAUAGCCUAUACUAUUAAAGUCUCAGAAUGAUACAAUAUUCGAA